AUGAAGUUCAGGAACCCAAAGUACAUAUCUAUGUUGAAUCAUCUCCGCUUCUAUUUGCUGGAGCUGUAUCCCAAGCUGCACAAGGUGUUGUUUCUGGAUGAUGAUGUUGUCCAGAAAGACUUGACUGGGUUAUGGAAGAUAGAUUUGGAUGGACGGGUGAAUGGAGCUGUUGAGACUUGCUUUGCUUCGUUUCAUCCUUAUUCACACUUCACAAACCAAACCACAGAAUUUUAA